AUGGGAAGAGAAGAGCAGAUUGAGGAGCGGGAGGUGCUCGACAGUAUUUUUCCUGAUGAGAUCCAAGCCAUAUCAGAGACUGAAUAUCGAAUAUCAGUUCUCUUAGACAUCAUAAAUGACGAUGACGACGAAUCUGAGCCCCCAACCAUUCUUCUUCAAGUCAAAUACCCCGAAGCCUACCCCGAAGAACCACCCCUCCUGGACCUCCUCCCAAUCCCCAAUGCGCCAGUGCACUCCUUAUUUAGCGUCGCCUCAGACAGAGAAAACCUCCUCGAUGGCCUGAAAGACGCAGUCGAAGAGAAUAUGGGCAUGGCUAUGAUCUACAGCUUGUAUUCAACGCUAAAGGAAAACGCGGAACAACUUAUUGCGGAACGACAGGCGGCUGUGCGGCAUGAGCACGAGCAGAAGCUGCUAGCUGCUGAGAGGGAAGAGAAUAAGAAGUUCCAUGGAACGCCGGUUACGCCCGAGACUUUUAAGAGCUGGCGGGAAGGAUUUAGGAAGGAAAUGGAGGCACUGAGAAUCAAGCAAGUGGAAGAGGAUGAAGCAGCGGACAAGAAGAGGAACCGGGGGAAGGAUAUUGUAGUUCAGUUAACGGGAAAGCAGCUUUGGGAGAGAGGCUUAGCAGGCAAGGCUGAGGAGGACGACUUUGAGGGUGACGAUGGGUUGGUGGAAGAUGUAGAGGACCUGAAGGUUGAAGAUUGA